AUGGCCGAGCUCAAGGGUAUCAUGGUGGCACUGAUCACCCCCUUCACCGAUGACCAGUCCGCCAUCCAUGAGUCUCGUCUCCAAGCACACAUUGAGCACCUCAUUCAAGCCGGCGUCCACGGCCUCGUCCCCGGCGGCAGCACCGGUGAAUUCACAGUCAUGACCACUGCUGAGCGCAAGCAACUCACAGAAUUGUGCAUCAAAUUCACCGCUGGUCGCGUCCCCGUCAUCGUCGGCACGGGCAGUCUCUCUACCGCAGAGGCAGUCGAGCUCUCAGUUCACGCCGGGCAAUGCGGUGCUGCGGCCGUUAUGGUCGUUCCACCAUUCUACGACCCCGUCAACCUGGAGCAGCUGCACGAGAUGUUGGCGGAAAUUCACAAUGCCUCCAAUCUACCUAUUGUCUUCUAUAACAUCCCUCCUGCAUCGGGUCUGACUCUUACUCCCGCCGAGAUCGCUGGCCUGUCCAAGGUCGGCGUUAAGUAUCUUAAGGAUACCUCUGGCAAUGCGCCCGCUUUGACAGAGCUUAUUUUCGCGCUGUCUGAUCAGAUUAUCGCUUUUAACGGUUGGGAUACCCUCACUUUCUAUGGCUUGGCAGCUGGUUGCCCAGGUGGUGUCUGGGGUGCUGCAAAUAUUAUUCCCGAGUUAGCGGUGGAAUUGUGGGAUGCCGUUGCCGUGAAGGGAGAUUUGAAGCGCGGUCGGGAGUUGUGGGCCAAAGCGUACCCGAUUUGCAAGUUCCUUGAGUCUCACAGCUAUUGCGCGGCUGUGAAGACCGGUGUGGAACUAAUUGGACAGCCUACGGGUGGUCUGCGCAAGCCAUUUGCUCUGUUGAAGCCGGAACUGAAGGCCGAGUUGAAGCAGUUGCUGCAGAAUGCAGGUGUUAAGACUGUUUGA